CCGCAUUCAGUUCUACUAAAGGACGCAUCAUAAAGCGGCGUUAUUAAUUGACUGGUGCGAGAAUCCGAUUGGAGUUUGUUAAUAGCUCUCGAUGCUGCAUUCCAGCGCUGGGCACAAAUGACCAUGUCGCACAGGAAUCUCUGAUUUUAAGCAGCACCGGGGCUGGACGACGGCCAGCGUAUUGGUGCAGGGACGAAGAGGGACGCAGUGGAACGGCGUGUCUUUGACGAGACCACACGUCGAAAACACUGGGACUAACGUCAAAAACCCGAGAAAGCACGGGGAAAUGCGCGGGAAACGUGGCAUGUCAAUCAAACCUGUGACGGUGCUUAUUAAGGCAGAGAACAGAGAGGACGCAGGAAAGGUUUCCAGUGCUCGAGUCUGAUGUGUGACACCGUGACGAGUAAAAUGCUGCAUUUGGCUUCACCUUCACUGCCGGCUGUAAUUUCUUUCAGUACGACGGUGUUUAAGAGUUAAUAUUUGUAAAAUACCGCAGUCCAGCUCCAUCAAGCCUUCCAAUGAGGAUGCCAUCGUCGCUUUUCAUCGUGAUCAUGUCCUCGAUAUUUCUCAACCCCAGUUUUGCCUUCAGCUCACAUUACGACACAGGUGGCGCCCCCCUGAGUGAGCUGUCAUGGCCGUCCUCUCUCGCUGUGGUUGCUGUCUCCUUCUCUGGGCUCUUCACGUUCAUCUUCCUCAUGCUGGCCUGCUUGUGCUGUAAGAAAGGGGACAUCAGCUUCAAGGAGUUUGAAAACACUGGUGAAGAGUACCAGGCAGAUCUGUCCACUCUCGCCUCCUCUGGCUCUCAAGAUGGGCCAGAUGUCUAUGUCCUGCCCCUCACUGAGGUUUCACUGCCUGUGGCCAAACAACCAUGUAGAUCAAUUCAGCUGCUGAAGUCAGCGGAUCUUGGACGUCACAGCUUGCUUUACCUAAAGGAGAUUGGCCAUGAUUGGUUUGGCAAGGUUUUUCUCGGGGAGGUGAAUGCUGGACUCAGCACCACACAGGUGGUAGUGAAGGAGCUGAAAGCCAGUGCCAGCAUACAGGAACAGACACAGUUCCUGGAAGAAGCUCUACCUUACCGUACUCUGCAGCAUCCUGCCAUCCUGCAGUGCCUGGCCCAGUGCACAGAUGUCACACCCUAUUUGCUGAUUAUGGAAUACUGCCCCCUGGGUGAUGUCAAAGGAUACCUCCGUAGCUGCCGGGCAGCAGGUUCAGCCACCCCUGACCCCUUCAUCCUCCAACAAAUGGCGUGUGAAAUUGCCUCCGGGCUUCAGUACCUCCACAAACAUAAUUACAUUCACAGUGACCUGGCUCUCAGGAACUGUCUCCUUACUUCAGAGAUGUCCGUGAAGAUCGGAGACUAUGGUCUCUCUCACAGCAGGUACAAGGAUGACUACUUUGUGACAGCAGAUCAGAUUUGGGUACCACUUCGUUGGAUCGCCCCAGAGCUCAUUGAUGAGGUUCAUGGCAACUUGUUAGUAGUGGACCAGACAAAGGCCAGUAAUGUCUGGUCACUGGGUGUGACAAUAUGGGAACUAUUUGAGCUGGGGAGCCAGCCAUACAGACACUACACAGACAGGCAGGUGUUGACAUAUGCAGUGAAAGAGCAGCAACUGAAGCUGCCAAAGCCUUUGCUGAAAGUCCCCUUGUCUGAACGCUGGUAUGAAGUGAUGCAGUUCUGUUGGCUGCAACCAGAGCAACGGCCUGUUGUGGAAGAGGUCUACCUGCUGUUGAACUAUCUGUGUGCUAAAGGUACUGGUGAAGCGGAGGAGGACUUUGAGAAACGCUGGAACUCCCUCAGACCAAGUCUAGACUCAGGUAGCGCCCAAAGAACACCAGCCCUAGAGGUACCAUCUUCUAAUUCCUCAUUCCCUCUGCUGGAGCACUUCUCCAUGGUUGACAGUUUCCAGUCUGAGAGCGGUGAUGAAAUACUAACAGUCACUGAGACCAGUGAUGGGCUCAACUUUGAGUACAAGUGGGAACAGGCCAGAUCUGAACAGCCCUACUGCUCAUCAUCUACAAGUGGCCCUCUAGGAAGUAGCAACCCACAUUACCAGGACAUAUACUAUCCCCUCAGCAGUUCCACAGGAAGCUGCAAGGGGGAAAGUCUCAAUCUGGGUGUUUCUCCAUCUCAAUACAAGUCAGAUUACCCAGGUGUGGUCCCAGUGUUGAGUGCACACAGUCCGUCUGUUAGCAGUGAGUACUAUAUUCGCAUCGAGGAACCUGUAGAGUGCAAUAUCAGUGUGGAAGAGGCCACUCUUGACUAUAGUCCAGAACUUGAAGCCAGCAAAUGCACCUUCUCCAUGACUGAAAUGAAAAGUCCUACUGAGGCUCAUGCAAACACAUACUGGCCAGGAGCAAAAGUCUCUAACAGCAUUAUCAAUGACUCAGAUGCUAGUCCAAGUGCUGCCCUCAGUGUUGAGCCACCACAAAGACAAGAUAUGAACCAUAUGGAUUCAGCAGAACAAUUAAGUCAAUACUUUUCCCCCAGUGACCGAGAUAGAUUGCACUGUGAACUGGCACUCUCAGGAGAACAGGAAGUUACUUUGAAAAGAGUGCAAAUAUCUGAGUCUUGUCUUAAAUCUGGGAGCUUGCACAAUACAGGUGUACAAGAAACUCCACGUGGCAUAUCAGUUUCACUGAGCAGCCCCAGUCUGGGACAAUGCGACCCUUACCUUGAAGCCAACCAGAGGACUGUGGAAAAAAAUAUAGCCAAUGAGGCCUAUUAUGAUAUGAUGGGUAGCCUACCGAAGAAUAUUCCCAGGCCACACAAUAUAACAGUUGAUGUUGAAUCUGCUGAUUGUCUUCUUAUGUCUGCUGCUGAUCCAGAGGAUGACAUCAGUCAUUUUACUGAGAGUGAAACAAUUAACUGGACCUCAAACCACUCCACAAAUAACAACACUUUAAACUUUGAUGACCGGCAAACAAGGGGGUUUAUUGACACCUAUAUUGAUGUACACCACACCACACCUUCCUCCAGUGCCCAGAGCUUACAGCCAGGGACAAUAACAACCAGGCAAAAUUCACCAAGUUAUCACUCUGAUGCAUUUAAACAGCACAUGGAGGUUACUGGCAUCAACUCAAGUGCAUUUUCAUACUCAGAUUCAUAUACAGAGUGUGUGUCAUAUAUACAACUCUGCUCUGAGGAUCAGAAGAUGGUAGAAUCAUCAUCCCCAGAAAAACUCCAAAUUAUACAUCCAGCCCAGAACACUCCUCAUUUGUAUAUCAGAGAGAAUAUGACAUAUUUCCCUAUAAGGGAUUAUUCAAAUAGUCACCCUUUUUCUCUUUUAACUGAGAAAUCGGUGACUAAGGACAGAAGCACAACUCCUGCAAAAGACAUAAAAGUGCAGUCAGCUGGUCCUACAAUCAUGCCUGCAGCUCUGUCUGAGUGUGUCUCUGAGUGCUGUCAUACAGGGGACAGCAUUAGCCUGGUAAACAUUGAUGACUGCAGUGAUGGUGAUGUUACUGAAAUUACCUCUGAGGUGUUUGCAGACUCUCCUUCUGAUUUUGCAAAAGUUGGAGACAUUAACCUAGCACACAUACCAUUACAGAGAGAGAUUCAAAACCAAGACCCUCAGGAAUUUAUAGAGCUUGCCUCAAGUAGCAGCCCCUGUGAAGCCUUCAGUCCAGAUGCUUAUCACACAUCCAUUCUGCCCAAAUCACUAGACAGCGGCUAUGACACAGAGAACAAUGAGUCACCCGAGUUUGUCAUGAAAGACCUGGAAGGAAAACCAGUUCUCAGUACAAGUGUGGAAUCAGAGUAUGAAAUGGUCCUUCAGAUGGACCUCGAAGAAAAUGAUUUGACCCCAACUAGCAAUAGUACUCUUAAUCUGACAAGCCUGGGCAAUAGGAAUCAAUACAGAGAUUCAGCUUACUUUUCAGAUUACGAUGCAGAAAAUGAAAAAAGUCCCUGUGAAGGAGGCAGCAUCUUCUUUGACAACAAAUUAGAUGAUUUCUUCGGAAAAGAACCUGUAAAAGAUGGCUCUCUUAAGAAGGCUGGGAGAGAUGGGGGCUUCCCAGUGAGUCAGAAGGAAGAUCAGUAUAAUUUUCCAAGUAUGACAGAAAAUGUAGAUAACGCUUUGCUUAGUGUCAAACAGUUGUGUGUUGAGAGGAAGAACAUGGAGUUUGAUCUAAGUUCAUCUCCUGCAUCAGGUCCAGUGAUUACACUGUUAGCCCCAUUUCCUCCAGAGAUGGGAGGAUGUUUGACCAAAGAAUCUGCUCCAGAUGAUGGCCUCGGUGUGGAAUCUGAGCACUCUGGAGAAGAGCCAGCCUCUGAAUGCUUCUCCAGCACAGCUUCUGAGGGCUCAUCAUCAACACAGGAAGCCUCAACCAUGGAGGACCAAGUUAACAGUACUAGCAUGGGCUUCUCAUCUGCAGACUCUCUGGGUUCAGAAUCCACUAUAUUGGAUGUCAAAGACUGUGAGAAUGGGGAAGAUAAUACAGAUUGCCAGAUGGAUGGAGAAAACGAGGAGAAUAAAGGAGUGGAGGAACAAGCAGAGCUGGUCGAAGAAGCACUUUUGAAUGUUAAGCGGGAUAGUUCUCUGGACAAUAUUCUGCCUGCCUUACCAGAGAACCUGGACAUACCAGCACCCCUGGGGAAUUGUGAGGAAGACUCUGAUGACAGCGAUGAGUCAGAUGAAGAGUUGCGUAGCUACAAUGUCCAAGAACAGAGUGAGGAGAGUGAGGAGGAGUUCACCACUGUUCCGAUGGUGGUCAUGAGUGAGCGAAGUAGCACUAGGCACCUGCGUAGCCUUCUCAAAAUGCCAUCCCUCCUCACACAGUCCUUCUGUGAUGAGCUUGAACGCAAGAAAAAAGCUGUCUCCUUUUUUGAUGAUGUCACUGUGUUUCUUUUUGACCAGGACAGCCCUACUGGUGAACUGGCAGAAUACACCUUUCCCCCAGGGAUGGAGGCAAAUGGUCAGGCAGCAGAGUGUAAGGACCAUCCAUCAACGAAGGAAGUCAGUGACUCAGAUAAUGUAGUGCAAGAUAGUGGGACCUUAGAGUGGGAGAACGAUUUUCCGUUGAAGCCCAAUGCUUCAACGUUAGAACCCACCUCUGACAGAAUCUGCACUCCCCCAAACUCUCCAGUCAAACUUCCCGAGGAGAAGCCGGCACCCCAGUGUUCCCGCUUCAGUGUUUCCCGCUUCUCUAUUACACAAGUGUCAGACUCAGAUGUCAAGUCCAUGGGAGGUAGCUGUUCAGAUGGAGACCAGGCAUGAGAACACAUCCAGAUUUCCUUUCGGGCUGAUACGGCUCUAGAUCCUCUUUGGUGUUUAUUUAAUGUUCUGGACAAGGGUUCUUGGAAUCCGCAAGACAGUGCCUCAUGCUGUAAUUGAAUUCUAUUUGCCAACCAUUUCUUUGUCUUGAGCCAGAGGUUGGCAAUGACAUUGUCUAUUAAGGGCAGCAUUUGAAAGUUCUGAAAAAACUCUAAAGGAAAAAAAAAUAUGUAUGCAUAUUUAAGAUAAGAUUAUUUGCCACACUCGUAUAGCAACAAUUAACUUUAUUACAAACUGUAGCAACCAUAAGGGCAUUGGUUACAUUGCUGUGCUCCUCACUGGCUUACUUACAGUGCACUCGUCACUCAUUGGUCAGAUCUUCCAGAUGUUGGUUUUAACCGCAAAGUAAGUGAAAAAGGUUACGGUCUCGGCCGAUUCAAAUAACAUUAAACUUUUGUUAGUUACAAGGGGUCUCAAAUUGUGUACCAGACUGCAGACCAUUUUCCAUGGAGGCAAUCACUUUUGAAACACUUUAAGCUAAAAGAAAUUAUGGCUCAGGUAAACUGUAUUGAAGGAUGUAAAAAUUGGUACAGCAUCAAAGUUUAAGCCACAUUAUGAAGAUACUUGUGUUUUAAUAUAAUAUGCUUCCUCACUUUUACCCCAAUUUUCCCCUCUGUGCUGCUAUACAACCAUGAGGAUGUGGAAAAUAUUACAUACAUGCACUUUCUUAGUUGAAGCCUAGAGGUUAUGUGCAAAAGUGUUUCCAUCAACCAUGUCUAUUUAUAGAGAUACAGUUCAAAUGUAUCCCAGUUUUAUUGCUGUCACUGAUGUUCACCUAUAUGCAAGUGAACGCUCAUCUCCAUGUCUGUUGAGGUAGGGAUUCAGCAUUUCAUUCUAUCAGUUUACAUAUGCUGGGUUUGUGUGUCUUUAGUAUCUUUGAGCUAUAAGUACACAGUGAUGGGAUAAGUUCUGUUUAAUAACAAAAGACUCCAGUAUUUGCCAGUAAUAUGGCUCUAUAAUAGCCUUAACUAGAGAGAGAGAGAGAGAGAGAGAGAGAGAGAACAGACCUAACUGAAUAAGAUGCAAAUCUUAAAGGACAACUCCACUGAUUAAACCUCAAAUUUCAGUUUGUUGACCUGUACACUGAAACAUUGAAUUACAAGCUCUAUGAACAGCUCCUACAAAUGGUACCUCAUAACGCUGGAAGAUGCUGGAUGUAUUGUUAGAGAAAACAUAGCAGAGCAUAUCCGUAUAAAAGAAGCAGAAGUGUAAAAAAAAAAAAAAAAUGCCUGUCAAAUAAAUGCCUGUGGACUUCCUGUCUUUUCACUGUUCACGUUACACCUCUGUGUUAUCCGACACUAAGUUCUUGGGAACAUUUUUCACUUCAAAUGCUGUAAUGGUGUAUGUUACUCGGCCUCAAUACAGCUGCACAGGCUGUCAGGCUUACCCCAAGCACUACUGGGCCACACCCAUAGUUUAUUACUGUGCCAAUAUCCUCCAGUAGGCACCAGUAUACACUGAUCCUCUUUAACAGGUUUUUUUCAAUCUGUACAAUCCUCCAGCACUGUACUAUUUUUGGAACACAUAUCAAUAAUUUCUAGAGGACAGAUAGAUGACUGUUUCAAGUUGCCAAAGUGAUACCUGAUCAUCAGGAGUGAAUCAUCCUGUUACAGUACAGUGUGUGGUGUGUUUGUUCCUGCACUUGUAGUAGCACCAUGGCUGUUGUUUCAUUUCAACCCACUCCAUGCUGACUGUAGUAUUCCAAAAAAAAAAUAA